AUGGCUCUUCUCUUCCUUCUUGGAAUUACCUUUCUCUCUCUGAUUGCUGCACUUGGGAGGCUAUUUGGGGAAAUUAGAUUGGACAGCUUGCAAUAUUUAGAGUUGGGAAACAAUCAGCUCACAGAAUUCCCAUCUUUUGGUGAUCAAUUUCUGUUUUACAGAUCUUUCUCAUUCACGCAACUUGGAGUGUCUGGAUGUUGGCUUAAAUUUCUUGGAGGGCAGUAUCCCAGAAUAUAUUACGUCCCUUACUUCUCUCAAAGUCUUGGACAACUUCUUGCUUGCCUUAAAAAUUUGACAUCUUUACGUGAAUUUCGUCUUGAAGAAAAUCAUGUUGAAGGAACCUUUCCUUCCUCACUCCUCCAUACCUUGAGGUCCUUAAUAGCAAUUUCUGUUUUUGACGACUAUUUCAAUGGGUCAUUUUCACUCUCUUUGUUUGCCAACCACUCCAACCUCAAAAUCAUUUUCAUUUCAUGCUCUAAUGCCAAUCUCAAGCUUGAAACUGAGAACCCCCCUUUUAUCCCUUCCUUCCAGCUAAAGCUUUCAAGUAUUCACAACUGCACUCUAAAUGAAGCCAGAAAUAAUAAAGUGCCUUCAUUUCUUCUUCAUCAAUAUAGCUUGCAAGAUCUAGAACUUAGCUACCUGAAUGUUUCAGGAACUUUACCAUCCUGGCUCCUGACAAAUAACACAAAAUUAAAUAAUUUGAAUCUAACCCACAACAUGUUCACUGGUCCCUUUGAACUCAAUUCCACUUCAAAAUUUCUUCAAAUGGAAUAUUUUGAUAUUUCUCUUAACCCCAUCAAAGAUGAAAUGUCUUCUCAUAUUGGCUUCAUUUUUCCCAAUUUGAUUUCCCUUGAUAUGUCUUCAACUUCAUUGCAAGGCUGUUUUCCAGCUUCAAUAGGUGAAAUGAGACUAUUGUAUGAUCUCGACUUGUCGAAUAAUAACUUAUCAGGUUACUUGCCUCAAGAAUUUGGUAUGGGUAGUAAUGACUUGAGUUUUUUGAAGCUGUCAAACAAUAACCUAAGUGGGCCAUGUUUACCCACUGGAUCAAAUUUCUUGUAUUUGUUCUUUUUGGGCCUCGACAACAAUAACUUCAACGGAAAACUUCCAGGUCGAAUUCCAAAGCUGAUCAGCUCAUUUGUGAGUUUAAGGGUGCUCAUGUUAAAGGAAAACAAACUUGAAGGGUCUAUUCCAGUCUAUUUAUUUGAGCUCAAGAAUAUAAGCUUAUUAGAUCUUUCUAAAAAUAAGAUUUCUGGAGGCAUACCAUAUUGCUUGUAUUAUAUCACGUUUGGAAAGAUGGAUGCACCAAGGGAAACCAAAAUUGGAAGUUUUAUUGUGUCCUGGACUACAAGAUUCUCACCAUAUUCAUUCAACACUUUUACUGGUGAAGUUGGCAUACGGGAAGGAAAACAAAAUGUUACACUGUCUAAAGAUCAAGAAGUAGAUUUUACAACAAAAAGAAGGUACAUUUCAAUUCCACUUCCAAAGAAGGGAGGCUUAAGGCUUGGAAGUGAGAGAGGUCAAAGAUUCAAACCUUGGCCUUGUCAUAUUGUGGUGGUGACAUGUCGCAUAAGGUGGCUUGAGGAGGCACACAUGUGGCAGGUGACUUGCGUGGGUGACGGUGAUAUGGCACAUGAGGUGGCUUGA